AUGCUGCUGAUAAAGCACGACAAGUCGUUUCAUCUUCUUUAUGUGCUUAUUGUGCUUCUGUUGCUCAUGAAACCUGCUCCUGGGUUAAUUUCUGGAGUGAAAGGGGCAACUUUCGGGUGCAUAGAGAGGGAGAGACAAGCCCUUCUCAAGUUUAAAGAAGACCUUAUUGAUGACUUUGGUCUUCUUUCAACCUGGGGAAGUGAAGAAGAGAAGAGGGAUUGCUGCAAAUGGAGAGGAGUUGGGUGCAACAAUCGAACUGGUCAUGUUACUCAUCUUGACCUUUACCGGGAGAAUGAUGACCAAUAUUUAACUGCUGUCAUUGAUCUCUCUUACAACAAUAUUGCUUCUUCAACAUUCAAUUGGUUGGCCAACUUUAGUAACAGCCUUGUUGAUCUUCACCUCUCAAAUAACGAAUUACAGGGCUCAAUUCGAGAAGCUUUCGCAAACAUGACUGCUCUUAGGACUCUUGAUCUAUCCUAUAACCAAUUAAAAGGAGAUUUGAGUUCAUUUGGGCAGAUGUGCAAUUUAAAUGAACUGUAUUUAAGCGGAAACAAUCUCACCGGAGAGCUGUCUCAGCUGUUUCAAGACACGCAUGGAUGCGUGGAGAGCUCACUAGAGAUUCUAGAUCUAUAUGGAAAUCAAUUUCACGGUUCAGUGCCUGACAUCACAAGAUUCACUUCCAUGAGAGAGCUGGAUCUCUCUCGGAAUCAACUGAAUGGAUCUUUACCGAAACGAUUUAGUCAACGUUCUGAACUUGUUUCCUUGCACUUGAAUGACAACCAGCUCACUGGAUCACUUACGGAUGUUACGAUGCUUUCAUCAUUGAGAGAGUUGUGGAUUGAUAACAAUGGAUUAGAUGGGACUGUUUCUCAAAGUAUUGGAAGCCUAUCUCAGCUCGAGGAAUUGCUUGUCGGAGGGAAUUCAUUGCAAGGUGUGAUGUCUGAAGCUCACUUUUCAAAUCUCUCCAAAUUAACGGUAUUGGAUUUCACUGAUAACUCCCUAGCUUUGAAAUUUGAGUCUAAUUGGGCCCCUUCUUUUCAAUUGUUUGCUAUAUAUCUUUCGUCUUGUAAUUUGGGUCCUUAUUUCCCUCGAUAA